UUGGCUUCUCUCAGAGCCCCGCUAAGGAGCAAUUUUAAACAUGAGCUGAGUGACCACGCAUUGUUCCUUCGACGAGAGCAAACAUGUCGUGCAAUGUAUAACUCUUCUCGAAAAUUUGGACAAAAAUUUAACGUGUGGAACAUGAAACAAUUGAUACGAACUACUGUUACUGCUUUGAAACAUCUUCGGUUUUCAGGAUUGAAGAAUUUACACACUACCUCACGAAUAUUGCAGCUGUCGAAAAUAGAUGAAACCCAAGAGAAACUUUUAAAUGAGCGACUUAUCUUGGUCGACGAGAAUGAUUGCGUUAAAGGCACUGAAACGAAGAAAGAAUGCCACCUAAAGAGAAAUAUCCUACAAUACGGAAUGCUUCAUCGAGCCUUCAGUGUUUUUCUUUUUAAUACAAAGGGACAGUUGUUGUUACAACAGAGAUCGGACGUGAAAAUCACGUUUCCUGGUUGCAUCACCAACACAUGUUGUAGUCAUCCAUUAUACGAGGAUUCUGAGUUAGUGGAACAUGGUAAUGUCGGAGUGAAAGUAGCUGCAAAGCGGAGGCUUUCUUACGAGCUUGGAAUUCCAGAUAACCAGAUCUCCUUAGAGGAUCUCAGGUUUCUCACCAGGAUUCACUACAGAGCAGGAUCAGAUAAAAUAUGGGGAGAACAUGAAAUAGACUAUGUAUUUUUUGUGCAGAAGGAUGUUAACCUAGAGCCAAAUGCCAAUGAAGUCAAACGCUGUUGGUACGUUUCAGAGAUUGAAUUGAAAGAACUACUGCAGAAAGCAGCUGAAGAUUCUAACAUUUUAGUGACCCCUUGGUUCAAAAUGAUCACUGAUCACUUCCUAUACAAGUGGUGGGCAAGUCUGAGGGACUUGUCACAAUUUGAAAAUGAUAGUGAAAUUCACAAAAUGCCAGGGGUACCUGCACCCGUAUUACAGCUGUGACAGAUGUUAAGAACAAAGAAAGCUUUUUUUGAUUCAUCACUCAAUUCAGUGGGAUGUUUGAAAGUUCUUGGGUGUGCCCCACUGUUGUUUCAAUGUCUUUUUAGCCAGCCAAGUGGAAGUGGCAAUUGAUCUCUAAUUACUUUGCUCACUUUUUCCACAUGCUUAUGUGAAAAUUCCCUAUAGCUCAUGUUUCUUGUGCUUGGCUAGAGGAAAUGGAGAUUUCUAUGGAAGCAACAUGCACAUAAGAGGUUGAUGAAUGUUUUUAUCAAGUUUUCAUCAUAAAACAAUUGAUCUAUAAUUAUAAUUAUUUAUACUAUCUUCAAAAAUAAAUGGAUUGGUUAAGUGCUGUUGCUUACUUGUACACCUGGUUUCUUCUGACAAGCACACUGAAACAUGAUGGGGAUGACACUUCACUACAUAUUUAGCAGAGAUUUCAAGUACAAUGUCUCAAAAUGACUUUCUUUUUUCUAUGAACUACUUUCUACAAAUACAGCAGAUUAAAAACCCCAUUGUAUAUCAAACUAGUCAAUAACAAAUAAAAUUCUGUAGGCAAUCCAUCUGAAGUUGUAAUGUACUUCACAGAAAUAAGGUGACCAACAAUUACUGGCACGCUGUAUGUAGCAAAGAAGGUGUUUAUGCUAGGUAAAACUGAAAAAUAGAAUAUGGACCAACUGCUGGAAAAAUUAAAACACAGAGUUUUGCAAGAAAAAGAAUUUGUUUCUUCUCGACAACUUUUUUUCUCUGAGGGAAGAAAUCACGCAGGAAGUUCACAGAAAAAAAUCUUUUUUUUUUACAUCUAACGCAUAUUGUAGACCAUGUACUGAUUGUACAGAAAUUCGUGUAAAAUAUGUGCAAGUCUGAAAAGUACUUUAAUUGGUCAGGUAUACUGCCUGAAAACAGAAUGUCAUUUUUGACCCAAAUUUUUACUAUCCACUUACUCCUAAGAUUAUAUACAAAGUUAAAACAAUUUGCUUAUAUAGUGUGACUUUUUUUGCAUGAUAUACUUAAUUAUUUCUUAGUUAUUGUAUGAUAGUGAAAAAAGACUGAAAUAUGAUUUUGAAAUAUACACUGCUUUAAACUUAUUCCUUCAUGGGAACAUUAUAGAGCUUUUCUUAUCAGACCUGUCAGCUGUGAAGCUGAAAAGAUUCCUCACUUUGUACAUAGUUAAAAUAGAACAUUGUAAUUAAAAUGAAAUGCUAAA